AGGCAGGGCCGGGCGGGCGGCAGAAGAUGGCGAGGGUGUGCAGGCGGCAGCAAUGCUCCGUUGAGAGACGCGGCUUUCGGCAAGAACUGGACUCGUGGCGCCACAAGCUCAUUCACUGUGUAGGUCCCGUUUCCCUCUGUGCGGCGGCCGGCGGGACCAUAAGGGCUUAACUCAUAUAUUUAACCCCCCUCCAAAAAGGUUUGAAAGUAUUCUUGAAGGGCUGUUUGGACCUGCAUUAUUAAAAGAUCUCAGUUUAUUUAAAGACUGUGAACCUGAAAACAUUUCUGAUUGGACUUUUGAUGAAAAUUGUCUAUUCUGUUGCUUGAGAAGAGAUAAAGUAAAGGGACACUUAGUCGGUCUGGAUGAACCAGCUUCGGGAGCUGGGCAAGAAGCUCUGCUUAAACAAGAGCAAGCAAAAAUCAUUCGAUUCGAGAGACAAGCAGAAGAGUUCCUCAAUGCAGUCUUUUAUAGAAAAGACAGUCCCUGGGUCUCCGACCCCAAUAUUCCCCUAGUGGCCCGUGAGAUCAUGCAGCGAAUGAUCCAACAAUUUGCUGCUGAAUAUACCUCAAAAAAUAGCUCUACUCAGGACCCCAGCCAGCCCAAUAGCACAAAGAACCAAAGCCUGCCGAAAGCAUCUCCAGUCACCACCUCUCCCACGGCUGCAACUACUCAGAACCCUGUGCUCAGCAAACUUCUCAUGGCUGACCAAGACUCACCUCUGGACCUUACUGUCAGAAAGUCUCAGUCAGAACCUAGCGAACAAGACGGUGUACUUGAUCUGUCCACUAAGAAAAGUCCGUGUGCUGGCAGCACAUCCCUGAGCCAUUCUCCAGGCUGCUCCAGUACUCAAGGGAACGGUGAGAAUUCAACAGAAGCUAUAGCAGUAGAUUCUAACAAUCAGUCGAAGUCCCCACUGGAGAAGUUUAUGGUCAAACUGUGCACUCAUCAUCAGAAGCAGUUCAUCCGUGUCCUGAACGAUCUGUACACUGAAUCCCAGCCGGGCACCGAGGACCUGCGACCUGAUUCUGGAGCAAUGGAUGCAUCCACUUGCAAUGCUGGCUGUGCCCAGCUAGGCACCAGACAUAAGGAAAAGGAUGCUGCACGUCUCGAUAUGAUGUCUCCUACUUCUGUAGAUUUGUUUGUAGACUCAUCAGGCUCACACAGCCCUCCACACUUGACAGAACAGGCCCUGAGGGAGCCUCCUCCUGAGACAAACUCUGUAGAUGGAAGAGAGAAUGCCUUGACUAUUAUCCAGAAAGAUUCCUCUGAACUUCCAACCACUAAACCUAAUUCUGGUAGUUCAACGGAUAGUUCCAGUCUGGGAUACCUCACCACAUCUAAUUCUUCCUCAUUAAGCUUCCACCACAUCUCUAAGAGCUUGGAGGGGCAAACCACUGGACAGCAGCAAGACACAAAUGUGAAAAUAUGUGAGGAGGGGAAAGACCAUAUGCAGAGCUCAGCUUUAGUAGAAAGUCUGAUUGCAGUGAAAGUGGCAGCUGAGAAUAGUGAAGAAAGCAACAGCUGUAUUGUUUCUCAAAGAAAUUCAUUCAAAGCUUUAUCAGAAGAGGCUUGGGACUCAGGGUUUACUGGGAAUUCACCUAGAACUGCUGACAAAGAGAAUGCUUUACUGUGUAGCUCAAAAACACCUUUGCGCCAAGAGUUAGAGUCCAGUGAACAAGAUUCAAGGCCAAAGCAAGAGAACCAUCUUCACUCACUAGGAAGAAAUAAGGUGAGUUAUCAUUUACAUCCCAGUGAUAAGGGUCAGUUUGAUCAUUCCAAAGAUGGUUGGUUAGCCCCCAGCCCCCUGCCAGCCAUACACAAAGCAUCUAAUGGACAUUCGCGAACCAAGAUGAUAUCAGCCUCCAUUAAGACAGCUCGGAAAAGUAAAAGGGCAUCAGGGUUGAGGAUAAACGAUUACGAUAACCAGUGUGAUGUCGUUUAUAUCAGUCAGCCAAUAACAGAAUGCCACUUGGAGAAUCAGAGAUCAAUAUUAUCUUCUCGAAAAACAGCCAGGAAGAGUACUCGAGGGUACUUCUUCAAUGGUGAUUGUUGUGAGCUGCCAACUGUUCGCACACUGGCCAGAAAUUUGCACCCCCAAGAAAAGGCGAGCUGUUCACCGGCAGAAGCAGAGGGAGCGGUCACUCCCAGGCAGACACUUCCACGUUCAGCCCCUGGACCUGCAGUGGAUAUACAGCAUCCCAGAGAGGACGACCAUGAGGAACCUAGUAAAGAAAUAACCUCCCUCAAGGAAGGAGAAAGAGAAGCUUCCUCUGAAAAGGAGUCUCAAGAGCCUGAGGUCUGCCCCAUGACAAAUAAACCAAAUCCGAACAGCUCUCCUAGGUCAGAGGAAACAACAGCCUCCAGCCUGGUGUCGCGUCUCCCUGCUCACCUUCCCGAAGAGGACAUUCCAGAAGGCAGCUCCAUGGUCUCAACUCCCACAGCAAGUGGGAUGGCUUCCCCUGAACGAGACGAACAACCAGUUGAACUGCUGGAUAUCAAGGAGGGGACUGUCACCCAAGACUGUCACCUGAUUUCCUCUACUGAGAGCAUUUCUGAGGGAGGCAGUGAAGUUGUUUCUAGACCUCAUUCUUCUCCUGAAACAGUCAGUAGAGAGGAAGGUCCUCUGUGCUCAGAAAGUCAGAGUCCCCCAGUGGGCUUGGAGCCUCCCCUGAGCCUGGGAAAAGCUGAAGACAGCCAAAGCAUCAGUACCGAGGCCGAGACUGAAGACACUCAGGAGCUAGAUACUGACCCACUCUUGAAGGAAAGCAGCACUUUUACUAAUGAAAACCCCAGCAAAAUUGAGGACAGUGAGGCAGCAGGUGGUACAGGAAAAUCAGAGGGACAGGGCAGUGAUGUAAAACAUUCUUCAGAAAAAGGUAUGUGUGAUCAAAACAUUGACUCCCCUGAAGAGAAUGUGGACAAGAAGAAAAAAGGUAAAAAACUCCCUGAGGCCUCUGACAGGUGCCUGAGGAGUCAGCUUUCAGAUCCCUCCUCUGCCGAUAGGUGCCUAAGAAGUCAAAGUUCAGAUUCUUCCUCUACUUGUCCUGAGAUCAAGAUUUCUAAAAAUCCUGGUAUGAAACGUUCUAAAAAGGAAGGGUACUCUGGCGAGACAGCAUCAGAGGGCCUUCUGGCUGACGGUUUCCAUACAAAAGGUCUGGAGGACACUGAAAACCCAGGUGUCGAUGAAAAUCCCUCUGAGAAAGACGCUGAGCAGGAGGGCGAAGGAGGUGGGAUCAUCACCAGGCAGACUUAUAAAAACAUGCUGGCAAAAGAAGUCAAGGGGGAAGAAGGAGAUAUUUUCCCCAGCAGUGAUCCCAUAACCACAGUUGGCCAGCCCCUGCCUGGAGAGAGACUGGAAAUCUAUGUUCAGUCUAAGUUAGGAGAGAAAAAUGCUCAUGACCCCUCAGAAGGUAUUCCUUGUACUUUCCCAGAACAAUCAAAAGAGAAGCCAGAACCAAUUCCUGCACAAGAUCCGGAGGGGGUUGCGAAUGAGGUCGGCACUGCAAACGCCCAGCGGAAAGAUGACGAUAGUGACCCACCGUCCAGUGCACCUGGGUUGUCAAGUAGCAGAAGUGGUGAUGCCGCUGGGCCCCCAAAAUGGGUACCAAGGCUUACAAGAUUGACCUCUUCAACCUACAACCUAAGACACACUCAUUCUCUGGACUCCUCAGAUACUGCAAAAAUGACUUCAGAAAAGGAAGCAGCUCAAGGAAACCCAAUGCCAAAGGAAAAUGAAGCCUCAGAGAGUGGAGAUCGUGUAGACGAGGAUGAUGUGGACACGGUGGUAGAUGACCAGCCAAAGUUUGUGGAAUGGUGCGCAGAGGAGGAGAACCAAGAGCUUAUUGCCAACUUCAAUGCACAGUACACAAGAGUUCAGAAAGGCUGGAUCCAGCUGGAGAAAGAAGCCCAGCCAACACCAAGAUCAAGGAACAAGUCAGAUAAACUGAAGGAGAUUUGGAAAAGCAAGAAAAGGUCACGGAAAUGUAGGGGUUCAUUGGAGGUUCAAAAGUUUUCUCCUGUUCAGAUGCUGUUUAUGACAAACUUUAAAUUAUCUAAUGUUUGCAAAUGGUUCUUAGAGACAACUGAAACCCGGUCUCUGGUGAUUGUGAAGAAGCUCAAUACUCGUCUUCCGGGAGAUAUUCCCCCUGUCAAGCAUCCUCUUCAGAAGUACUCUCCUUCCAGCCUGUACCCCAGUUCACUGCAGGCUGAACGCUUGAAAAAACACUUGAAGAAAUUUCCCGGAGCUACUCCUGCUAGGAACAAUUGGAAAACACAGAAGCUCUGGGCCAAAUUUCGAGAGAAUCCUGACCAGGUGGAGCCAGAGGAUGGCAGUGAUAUCAGCCUCAGCCCCAAUUCUGAAGACAGCGUAGAGGAAGUCAAAGAAAGUCGAAAUAGCCAUCUUCCCACAAACUCACCUACCCCAGCCAGUACCCGGAUCCUUAGAAAAUAUUCCAAUAUUCGAGGAAAGCUCAGAGCCCAGCAAUGUUUGAUCAAGAAUGAGAAAAUGGAAAGCCCGUUCGGGCAGGCUGUGGAAAGUAAACAGAGUUGUAAGAGUGUAUGCAUCAACCCGCUGAUGUCCCCCAAGCUUGCCCUGCAAGUGGAUGCAGAUGGGUUUCCUAUUAAGCCCAGGAGUACUGAUGGAAUGAAGGGAAGGAAAGGGAAGCAGAUGUCUGAAAUCUUGCCGAAAGCAGAAGUGCAGAAUAAACGCAAGAGGACAGAAAGCGGCGGCACUCAGGACAGGAAGGACACAGGAAGGUCCCCUGUGGUGAAAGCCAGCAAAGACAAGCAUGCCGAUGGAUCCACCAGAACCCCUGCGGCCAAGAAGCCAGCUGUGAGGGACCGAAUCAGCCAGCUGCCCAAAAAGACAUCCUUGAAAGAGAAUAAGCUGAAGACCGCUAAGAAGUCUCCUGGGAAGAGCUGCCCUCCGUCCAGGAGGGAAAAAGAGAAUACAAACAAAAGACCCACACAGCCCGCUGCCCCGGAGACAGGGACGAAACCUGCAAAGCAAAAGGGGGCAGGUGAAUCCUCUUCAAGGCCACAAAAAGCCACCAACAGGAAGCAGAGCAGUGGAAAGACUCGGGCCAGACCCUUGACGAAAAAAACCCCAGAGAGCAGUGCGGCCCAGAGAAAGCGAAAGCUGAAGGCAAAGCUGGACUCUUGUCACGGCAAACGGAGACGGCUGGAUGUGAAGUGAUCGGAAGGCUGGCAGCCACGAGCUAAACUGUCCUACAGAAAGUAACCCUUCACUUUGCAUUAACUAAGUCUGCUUUUAUAAGCUCAGCCGGCCUUUGAGAUCUGCAGUUAACGGAGAACACCACCAUUGAAGAUGUCAGAAAGUGCAUCUUAGAUGGAGAAGGGAACUUGCAGUCUUUCUCUGAGGCUGAGUAAGGGAAGUUAUAUAUUAUAUUCUGGUUGUUCCUUGGGUUUUAAACUUGGAACCAAGCAGUUUUAGUUUUUAAAAGUACAGUGCCUUAUUUAUCCUUUUUGUUUUUAAAUUUACAAAAGCUAAAAAGCUGAUCUAUGUGAUUAAAGGCUUGUAUUUUAUACUUGAUGCACAAGCACUUGUACUGUAGCCGAGAAGACCACCAUCAUGCACAUAAAAGUAGCUUUUCAGCAGCCAUCCUGCAGUGUCUGUACCUGAACAGAUGCUCCUCUUUGCAAACCCGAGCAGUGAACUUCCCUCUGUGUCUUGUUUGUUUAAAUGAUAUUCGAAAGCUAAACCAAAUCAUUUUUAUGGUAUGUGGAGAUUGCAGAGGGAAUUUAUAAUUAUUAUGAAAGAUGAAUAUUUCUGUUACCCCUUUUUUAAAAAAUCAUAUUCAUUAUUGGUCACUCCUCUCACUUUUGGCCUUCUGUCAUUUAAAAAAUGUAUUCUAAAUUAUGUGCCCAUGGGACAAAAGAUGUGUCACAAGGUGUUAAUACUGGGUUGUGACCUCUAAAAUUUAUUUACACCCCCCAGGUGACUUGCAUUACUGAUUCUUACCAUCCUUUUCAUUUUUGGCCUUGCAAGCUUGCUAGCACUCUAACAAGGUUUUCACCUGACUUUGAGGGGGAAAAUGUAGGAUUUUUUUUUCCAUCUUGUAACUAUAACUUGACAAUUAGGAUGAGAGUGACUAUUGUAAUAUUCUUUCUUACCCUGAAUACUUCCAUAUUCAAAGAAAGCCAAGUUGUUUUCAGUAAUAGAAAAGUUUCAGAGUUUGUGUGUGCAUGUGCAUUUGGGCGCAUUUGCCUGUGGUUAUUAGCCACAGAUGUCUCCCAGCCGCAGUUCUACAGUAAAAUUCUUUCUUCCCCAUACAGUUUGUUAAGGUGUUCAUGAGCUGGGUAAUUAGCACAGGCCAGAUGGUUUAAAUGUGGCCCAGGGUCUCUGUGAGUAUCCGCAAAACCAGUUUGGCACCAGACUCAGAAAGGUCUAAACAGCGCAGUUAUGUAAAGGUCAGAGCGACCUUGUAGUGGGAGGAGACAGCUCCGGCAUCUCCUAGCGAGCCCACACCCCUCCUCCCAUCUGGAGUUGGUGUUCAAUUGGCGUGUCCCAGUGGGGAUGUACGUGUGUAGAGUGGGUGUUCGCAUUCUGAUUGAUUAGCACCAUCCUGGUAGUUAAUGCUUGUGGUAUCACUCCUGCCUAUAUCAUGUCAGGCUCUGUUCCUUGGCUCGAAAGUGAGAGCUGUAGUGUUUGUAACUAAUGUUGUUUGCCUUUCCCGAGUGACGCCUGAGGUGGUUGCACUGGUUUUACCCUGGUGCCUAUGACAUUGCUCCAUUAUAACACAGUGUGUACUCAGCAUCUCCCCUGAGCCACUCUACAGAAAAGCCUUGGUUGUUAGAACUUCAGCCAGCCUCUCUACUGUGCUCUGUCACAGAAGUAAGCUUAUCUGGACAGGUGCUACUCUGUCCUUUUUACUAAAAAAAUUCCAUUUUAGAUUGUUCAGAUGUAUUUAGGUAAACCCAGAUGGACUUUUUUCAUGCAUAGUUUGGUCAGGUCAUGAUAAAACAGGCCUUCUACCCAUUCUGUUAAAGAUUCGCUGUAUAUAAUGAGAACUUCUGCUGACUGGAUAGGACUGGAGAGAAAUGUUUGAUUCAUGGGAAAUUGAGAAUUGUAUUGAAUUUCAUAGACUAUCUUCAGUGAAGCCUUGACUUCCCCCCCCAUGUCUCCUCUAUCCCAUGAGCCUCUUUUUUUCAUUUUAAUAUCUUCGACUUUGGCCAUUCAAGAGCUACCUAUAUUAAUGAAACUGCUGAGUGUGUAUGUUGGACAGCCCUUUCUCAGCAUUAAGUUGCACAGAAGCAUUAGUAUGUUUUCAGUAGGUUCGGUUAAUCUUUGAAAAGUGGUUUUAAAGUUUUUAAAAAAUAUUUUCAUAUAGUUGUCACUGGAUACUGUUUUUGUGGUGACUUAAACAGCUGAGGGGUGCCGAGGUCACGUGUGCUGACUCCUGUACUUGUUGUAGGUGCCCCCCUUAGCUGCAUGCCGACUACCUUGUAGUGGUGCUUGGAUUAGGUUAGGGAGAGGUCCAAGGCAGUGAGCAGGUGCAGCCCUUCCAGUUCCAGGCUUAUUAACUCAUUCCAUUACUUUUCUAAGUUCUUUUUCACUUUAAAAAGCGUACUUCAAGAUAAUAGCCUUUUCUCCCAUUUUAGGCAGCAUUUGAGAAAAGGUAUCAAUUUGUAUGCAUUUUUUUUUUACUACACUGCUGUGGAUCAUCUUUAAAAUCAACUUACAUUUUAUAGUAGUAACAACACUUAAAUAGACUGGGAUUCUACAUAAUUAGAACACUUAAAAGUUUAGAAGUAUUUUUAUAUUUGUUGAAUCUCCUUUUUGCUGAUUCAGUUAAUUUUGCUAAUAGAAGAAAGGAAAAAAAAUGAACUUGAGGGCUGGCUCUGGAACGCCCUUUUACACUUACAGCCAAGGCUGGCAAAACUGUCUCCUAGACAUCUCCAAGCCAGAUGACUCAAGUCCCCCCUUGCUUUCCCUGUCUUGCAAAGACCUCCUUCCAUGUUCACAGUAUGGCUGGCCACCAGAUGCAAAGGCAGUGGGUCCCCACAUUCCAGAUUCCAAAUCACAAAAGAAUUCUGCUCCUGGGCCUAUACUCAGUACAGUGACUGUCCCAGCAAUGGACCUGAAGUUGCUGACCAGAGAACUCUGGUAUUACCUCUGAGCUUCUGGGAGAGCUGCAGGGGCCCUGGGGAGCAAUCACUGAAGCUCUACCUUAGCUCCCCAGAGCUGGGCCCUCUUCGGGAGACCCGUCUUCGAGUCCCACUUCCUAGCCCCUAAGGCUCCCUGGGUUUGGGAGGACAACAUGGAGACCCUCCCUAGUCAGGGCCCAGAGCCUCACCCACAGCACCCCCUCAAACCCCUGGCAGUCUGCAGCACAGCAGGGAGGCAGGGAACCUUUCUUCUGCUCUUAAGGCAUCCUGCAUAGGAAUGUCACUGGUGUCUGUUAAUCUGCAAUUGCUAGUCUCUUGGAUCCCGUAGGGAGGCCAAUUCUGUUGCAUCUCUAUUUCAGUAAAGAUUUCUACACAAGCCUUAUCUAAAAACAAGAAUCUUGGGCUGUGGGUUUCGCUCUUGCAGUAGUAUGGAUAGGAGAGGUGCAGGUCGCAGUCCCUUCACAGAGGCGGUGCUCCUGAUGGGCUCCUCUGUGCAUCUCUCACUGUUCAGAUAGGACAUCAGUGAAACACAUCACUUCAAGACAGUUGCUUUGAACUGAAGUUUGGUCUCUUUUCUGCCUUGUGGUGGAUUCCGUAGUGAGGGCUACAGUUGUCACUUUCCUCUCUGGGCGACGUCUUGCUGAUUGAAGGACCUAAGAUCUUGCUAAGGAGGAAAGGACAGCAUGCGACACAAUGCAGAUGUCACCACCAGCAAGUCUGGUGGCUUGUCACCGCGCCUGGGUAUUGGAGUUCCCCGAGGUGCUGCGCCCAGGAGCCACCCCUGUUCCUGUUGGUUUCCUGUCAGCCCACGCGAGCUAUCUUUUUUGCAGACGCUCUCUCAAGGGUCUGCAGAAUACGGGCUGGUCGCUCUUUUGUAAAUAGAAGUUUAUUGGAACAUAGCCAUGCCCGUUUGUUUACGUACUUUCCGUGGCUACUUUCCAGCAGAGUGGAGUGUCUACAACAGAGACUCUAUGGCUUGCAAAGCUGGAAAGAUUUACUGUCUGGACCUUUCAGAAAAAGUGUGCUGACCCUCCUUGUUUAAGAAAAAUCAUCCUUUUUCAGGAACAAAUUUUGCCUGAUUUAUCUUCUCCUUUCUUUUGCCUGCCCCCCGCCGUCCUCUUCUUUUCUUUUCUUCUUUCUCCUCCUUCCCUUCCUUUAGUUUUGUUCUUCCUUUCACAUUUCUUUAUGUCUCCUUGCUACAGAAGAGACACGAUGUGUUGUUAGAGCACACUGGACCCUGCCUCCUGACACUCGAGCUACCGCAGCCUCACACCUCCCCUCUUUGAGCCGCCCAUCGCUGGCCGCAGUGAGGCCGCCGGUAGUCUCUAGGGUCAGCCCCACAGGCGAAGAGGGCUUCAGAGUUCUCAGUGCAGCCCUGGCCCCUCAUUUCCCUCUGUCCUUAUCUCAGACCUGACUCUGGCUUCACAUCUUGUGUGUUACUGAGGCAAGCCAGGAUUUGUUUUUGUUUUUGUUUUCAAAAUUAGUUGAGGAUACUUCAGUUGAAGGUUCAGUUUUCUGAGCCACAUGUUUAGAUACAGAAAAAGCCUUUUCACAGAAGAAAAAUAAAGUCCAGUCACUAACCCAAAAUUUUUAUUAUGUAAUGUUUUUGGCCAGCUUCUAGGAAAAUAAAAAUGUAUCAGUACUGAUAUUUUUUCAGUCACAUACUCUCCUUUCAAAAUAACUUUAUUAAAGGCAAGCCAACAAAUAAAAAAUAGGGGCUUGCUUUGAACAUGCUUUUAGAAAAGAACAGAAAAUUGGAGCAUAUUAGAACCUGAGUAUAACUGAGAAGUUGUAGAUUGUAUCUUUGGAUCAAAUCCAGUCAACCUCCAAGCUGUUGGUCCUCCCUCUCCCGCACAACUCAAGAAUAAGCUUCUAUACUGUGCUACAAAUGAAGUUGAAUGUCAUGUCAGUGAAAAAAUUUCUGUCAGUGGCCCCAGAACAGUGAUUGUUUCAAUUAUUUUGAAACAGAUAAUUAUUAUUUUGACUUCUCAGCUAUUAAUUUUUGUCUUCUUAUGGCUUGAUGUCCACUGAAAUACUGCAAAUUUUUCCUACAAGUAUGAAAUCAUGUCUAGGUAUCACACAUUGGCAAGGCAGUCCUCACCUCCCAGCAGUAAACAUACUUCCCUCCCAAAUCCUUUUUCAGGGAAAAAAAUGAAAAUAAAAAGAUUAUUGUAUUUAAAACAAGCAGAAUUGUGAAAAGCCUUUUGAGGCAACCUUCAGUACAGUUCAUCCCUUGAAAUGUCAGAACAAGCUGCUUUGUUCUACAGUGGACGGGUUGGAAGACUUGAGGGUCUGACCUCUUUCCUUUAAAGAUAUUAAGUCAUACUCAGGCAGGAACCCAGAGCUCUCUGAUACUGCUUCCGACUUAGGGCUUUGCCAUGUUCUGCUGGGGGCACCUAGAGGAUCACCUGGGGCGCUUCUGCAGAGGGUAUGCUUGCUCAUGCUUUUGCUCUUGGAAUUGAGCUGGCGCUGGUCAGUUCCUUCCAUUACCUCCUGUCUGUCUGUCCUUCCCUUUCCCAGCGUGCCGGUGGUGUAUGCUCGGUGCUCAGGAGACAUCCUUAGCUUCGGUGUUCAGAGGGGCAGUUGUGUAGCUAUGCCCCCCUGGCAAGCACAGUGGUGCACAGAGGCUUUCUCCCCUGCCUGAGGCCAGUCCACGUCACACAAGGUGCUCAGCAGUAGGCAAGGUACGUAGAAGUACAGAUGGCCCAUAAAACAGCAAUAGCAGCAGCAAAAAACAGGUUUUUUUAAAAACAUUUUCUAAUAUGCCGGAGGUUGGAGGAAUGCAUUUUACCUUUUUUUUUUUUAAAGGAUUAUAUUAAAAAAAAAAAAAUAACAGGUGAAAGAUUUAUGCGAUCUAAAGAGAAACCAGAGUAACAGAGACCAUAUGUAGCUGACACAGCCUAAAAUAUAAAAUAUCCACCACCUGGCUAUUUACAGAAAAGGUUUACUGACCCCUGUAGUAUGUCAUUCAAGGUCAGUUAUGCAGACAGGCACAAAGGUUUUUCCUGUAAUCCAGCCUUGCACCAUUUCUGUCCUUUUAGGUUUGAGGGUGUCUUGCCAGUUCAUCUCAGCACACAGCUGUUGUUGCAUGUUAUUUCUGAGUAAUGCUUGUG